AUGAAUCGUCCUUUCUCCUUUGGCAAACAAGAUAUUGCUGUUGCAAAUAGUAGCACCGCAAGAAAUAUGGAGACUCGGGCCCUUCCCGCACAGUGGUAUCGUUCUCCAGCUCUUUACUCUCUUGAACGGCGAGCAAUCUUCUCCAAGAAAUGGAUCUUCGAGACACGCUUCCUCAAUGCGGGUGAUUACGUGCAGUAUACAGUCGCUGUAUAUAACCUUUUAGUUUUCAAGUAUCGCAAAAGCACCAUUCGGGCGUUCCCUACCGUUUGUCGCCAUCGGGCGUAUCCUGUUAUGGAAACGGAGUGCGACACGGCAAACAUCAUGGCCUGCAAAUAUCACAGCGAGUUCGGUACCAACACAGAACGCGGCUGUGCUAAUAUAUCCAGGAUAGUCAUUGUUUCUAUCCACAUCCAUGUCGAUAAGCUAGGUUUUAUCUGGGUGAACUUGGAAACUCCGACCAAAAGUACUUUCUCAUGGGAGGAAGACACUAGUGGUGAUGACCAGCAGCCAUGCUUACAGCACUUCAACAUGUCGGAAUAUCGCUUCGGUCAUCAAUGGAGUAUGAUGGGCGAUUACAACUGGAAGACACUCGCUGACAACUACAACGAAUGCUAUCACUGUCCCACUGGUCAUCCAGGGGUAAAUGCCGUCUCAGACCUUUCAAGCUAUCACGUCGAGGUGAAACGCGGGAUCAUCGAGCAUUACAACAUAAAAAAGGAAGACACGACGGGAUUUGAUAUCAACGGCUCGUUCUAUUUCCCUAAUGCCUCCAUUGCUAUCUCAUAUGUCUCCUAUCCGCUUCACAUGAGCAUUGCUGAUUGGGUUUCCAACAGGCCAAUCUUUUUUUACAUGAUGAGAUGUAUACCCGUCUCAGAAUCUCAAACUCUCAUGGAGUAUGAGGCGUAUCGGCACAAAGAUGCACCAGAAGCUAAAUUUACAAACUUAGUAAUUUCUUCAAACAGGUCGUUUGCAAUGCGGCAUAGAAAAACCUCAACGCGGGCAUCUUCACCAACGGAUAGGUACAUCCUAUUGCGGAGAAGCAAAAAUGGACCUUUAUACUUCCAGAAGCUAGUUCGAGACUUGGCUUUAAGCAUCGGCUGGAGGAAGAAGAGGCUGGUCAGGAAAUUUGGCCAGCAGUACCUCGACAUUUCGAGACAUCAAAAGUUGAUGAGAUAUUCAAAUUCUGUCAGGGGCUUGGCUGUGUAUUAG